AUGCGUCGCCACCAAUAUUGCCAUAAGGCAUGCGUCGCCACCAAUAUUGCCAUAAGGCAUGCGUCAAUAAAGCCGGAUAAUGGAGGUCCGCCUAGUUCUUCACCCGUCAAGUUCCUCACCCAUCAAGUUCUUCACCCGUCAAGUUCUUCACCCGUCAAGUUCUUCACCCGUCAAGUUCCUCACCCGUCAAGUUCUUCACCCGUCAAGUUCUUCACCCGUCAAGUUCCUCACCCGUCAAGUUCUUCACCCGUCAAGUUCCUCACCCAUCAAGUUCCUCACCCGUCAAGUUCUUCACCCGUCAAGUUCUUCACCCGUCAAGUUCCUCACCCAUCAAGUUCCUCACCCGUCAAGUUCUUCACCCGUCAAGUUCUUCACCCGUCAAGUUCUUCACCCGUCAAGUUCCUCACCCGUCAAGUUCUUCACCCGUCAAGUUCCUCACCCGUCAAGUUCUUCACCCGUCAAGUUCUUCACCCGUCAAGUUCUUCACCCGUCAAGUUCCUCACCCGUCAAGUUCUUCACCCGUCAAGUUCCUCACCCGUCAAGUUCUUCACCCGUCAAGUUCUUCACCCGUCAAGUUCUUCACCCGUCAAGUUCCUCACCCGUCAAGUCCCUCACCCGUCAAGUUCCUCACCCGUCAAGUUCUUUACCCGUCAAGUUCUUCACCCGUCAAGUUCCUCACCCGUCAAGUUCCUCACCCGUCAAGUUCUUCACCCGUCAAGUUCUUCACCCGUCAAGUUCCUCACCCGUCAAGUUCCUCACCCGUCAAGUUCCUCACCCGUCAAGUUCCUCACCCGUCAAGUUCUUUACCCGUCAAGUUUCUCACCCGUCAAGUCCCUCACCCGUCAAGUUCCUCACCCGUCAAGUUCUUUACCCGUCAAGUUCCUGACCCAAGUUCUUCACCCAUCAAGUUCCUGA